AUGGAUAGCAAACAGUCUCUGCCCUGCCACCCACCAACUGUCGCGAAUCAAUCGGCUUCGGAGGAACUCACUAUAACACUUGACACCAUUUUUCCUGCCGAGGCUCAAGUACUACACUUUCAGCCUAAGGACAUGAUUGGCAAGACUGCUGUGCCUGAAAAGCCCGCUGUCAUCGCAGAGCGAAAUGGCGAGGUAAAAUUUCAGGUCGUCUAUAAUGACGGCGGUAAAGAUAGUAUGGAGACCCUGGAAAGCCUCAAGUCCAUUUUCCAAUAUCAAUAUCCGGAGAUGUCAAACGACUACAUCGAACGUCACGUCAACGAUCCCAAGUAUCGAUCUAUCGCCAUCGUCCGCAAGCCCCAAGAGACCAUCGGCGGGAUAACAUUUCGACAGCUUGGGACCUGGAAUGUUGCUGAGGUUGCCUUUUGUGCUGUGUCAUCUAAGGAGCAGAUAAAAGGUUAUGGUGCAGCUCUCAUGGAUCACCUGAAAGACUGUAUCAAGGCUACUUCCCCCAUAACCCAUCUCUUGACAUAUGCUGAUAACUACCAUAUUGGAUUCAUUUUCAAGCAAGGCUUUAAACGGGCGACUCUUGACGAGUCUGUUGGGAGGGAAUGCAGGAAGGGUUACAGAAAUGUGACCCUAAUGCAAUGCUCUAUUGAUAGAGGCAUCGCAGGACGUCAACAUAAACUGUAG